AUGGCUACCCCAAAGCUCAAUCAAAUUUCGGACAAUUCAACAGACGAAGAAACACAACAUGUCAAGACUUACAAAUCUCCAGUCGAUGGCAAGCCCAUCAAUAUAGUUGUAUCAAGUGCCGAGCUUGAUCCUUAUAUGCUUCACGAUGAUUCUUUAGAUUUGGAUGAAAAGACUGACAGAAGAUUGCUCUGGAAAAUUGACGCCUUCGUUUUGCCCCUUGUGUGUAUCUUAUAUUGCGUCCAGUUCAUGGACAAACUUUCGAACUCAUACGCUUCAAUUAUGGGAUUGAGACAAGACUUGAAUAUGAAAGGCAAUCAAUACUCUUGGACUGGUACAGCCUUCUACCUCGGAUAUCUCGCUUUUGAGUUCCCUUGCGCAUAUGCUUUGCAACGUUUCCCGGUUGUUACCACCGUGUCGGUCUUUAUUGUGAUCUGGGGUGUGAUUUUAUGCUUGCACUCUGUGACAAAUUAUGCUGGCUUUAUUGCUUUGAGAACUCUUCUUGGAGCUCUUGAAUCGUCCGUGACACCUGCUUUCGUUAUAGUCACCGCUAAAUGGUACAAGAAAGAAGAGGUGUUUUUGAGAACCUCUAUCUGGUUUUCCUUCAACGGUAUGGGCCAGAUCAUUGGGUCUGGUGCAAUUGCGUACAACCUUUUCCAGAAUAUGGAGAGCUAUAGUAUCGAGGCUUGGAAGUUGAUUUUCAUCAUCACCGGAGUUAUCACGAUUGCAUUGGGUAUCGCCAUAUUUCUCCACAUCCCCAAUAAACCAACAGAAGCAUGGUUUCUCAAUGAAACUGAUAAGAGGAACGUUGUUGAGCGAAUUAGAGCCAAUCAACAAGGUUUUGGAAACAAGCAUUUCAAAAAAUACCAGCUUAUCGAGGCAUUGACUGACAUCAAAAUAUGGCUUUUCAGUCUUAUGAUUCUCUCAGCCAACAUACCAAACGGAGGGUUAACCAAUUUUGGGUCCAUUUUGCUAAAUGAAUCUUUUGGAUACGGCGUUGGUAAGUCCUUGAAGAUGCAAAUGAUUCCUGGAGCAGUCCAGCUUGUUGGAU